CUCACAAUUUAAAGGCUGUCCCGGCGGCCCAGCUCACAAUGGGUUGCUGAGCCGUCGUCCAACCCCGUUCGCAUACAGUGCGCAGCAGCAUCCCACACCGCGCAACCGCGCGCUCGCGGUGCUCCCUGCUGAGUGUCUUCCAUGGCCUGCGUGCACGCGCAGCCCGCGUGGGCGCUGGCGCUCGCAGCGCUGGGGCUCGUGGUGUCGGCGCGCGCCGCGGCGCGCCUCGCGCUGUGGCUGUACGCGGCGUUCCUCCGCCCGGCGAAGCCACUGCGCCGCCGGUACGGCGCCUGGGCCGUCGUCACGGGCGCCACGGACGGCAUCGGCCGCGCGCUCGCGUUCCGCCUCGCCGCGGCCGACCUCGGGGUCGUCCUCGUGGGCCGGAGCCCCGACAAGCUCGACGCCGUCGCGGCCGACCUCAAGUCCAGGCGCCCCGGCGCGCAGGUCCGCACCUUCGUCCUCGACUUCGACGCCGACGACGUCGCCGCGAAGGUGGACGCGCUCGGGGAGUUCCUCCGGGGACUCGACGUGGGCGUGCUCGUGAACAACGUCGGCAGGUCGUACCCGUACGCGCGCUACUUCCACGAGGUGGACGAGGCGCUGGCGCGGAGCCUGAUACGGCUCAACGUCGAGGCCGUCACGCGGGUGACGCACGCCGUGCUCCCCGGCAUGCUGGAGCGCGGCCGUGGAGCCAUCGUCAACAUGGGCUCCGGCGCCUCUGCCAUCAUGCCGUCCGACCCGCUCUACACCGUCUACGUCGCCACCAAGGCGUAUGUCGACCAAUUCUCGAGGUGCCUAUAUGUCGAAUACAAGAGCAAAGGCAUAGACGUACAAUGCCAGGUACCCAUACAGGUGGCGACGAAGUUGGCGUCCAUCAGGAAACCCACCUUCCUGGCACCGUCGCCGGAGACGUACGCCCGCGCCGCCGUCCGCUACAUCGGGUACGAGCCGCGGUGCACGCCGUACUGGGGGCAUGCACUGGUGUGGCUCCUCAUCUCCCUUGUGCCCGAGCCUAUCGCCGACAGGAUGUUCCUAAACAGGUCCGUCACCAUCCGCGCCAAGGGCCGCGCCAAAGAAGCUAAGAAGAAGGCGCAGUGACUGUGAUGAGGGUUCUACGUGUUGGUCAGUGGAUUUGCAGUAGCCUCUAGCGUGAAUGGUCACAUUUCGUACACGUUUGUAUCUCCUCUCAGUAUGUACGUUGCUACACUUUGCAUGUCGAUGAGUUUGUAAUACAUGCACAAUGCAUUUUUCUUAUUAUCUUUGGAAAAUCAGUUCUCAAAGCAAGUGAUUGGCAUAAAACCAUUAA